GCAAAACAAAAAUAAAUUGAAGCGAAAUUAUCUCAAAAAUUGUCAUUCUGACUCAACAUGGACAGUCAAAAUCCAAAGUCAAUGAGUAACGAUUCACGCUGCGUAUUUUUUAAUACACAUUCAGAAGACUAUCGAUGCGUGGUGAUUUUAACAGUAAAACGAGCCACAGGAACCUUCUCCCUAGUAGGAUGGUGGUGGUAACACGUCAAGAUAUGCUGCAAUGUGCCAGCAAAGACAGGGAAGAGGAAGACUGCAAGCUAGUAAACAUGGAUGUAAACAAUGCUGGAUUUAAAAUACUUAAAAAAUUGGCUUUGCAAAUGUUUUAUGAGUGUUUUCAUGCUGCUUGUGAUCUGGCUGCUUCGCAGAAGAUGAUUCUCAGCCUGACUGUAGCUGCCUUCUUCGACAGCGUAGCAUAUGUCAUGGGUGAUUCACAUCCAGAGGGGCCGCUUUGUGACUUCCAGGCCUGGUGGCUAACGUACUUUGACUGGAGUGCCUUGGCCUGGGUUUGCCUCAUCACACUGAACCUGUACCUCAACCUGGUUCGAGAAGUAAGCACCAACAGAUAUGAGAUGUUGUACCAUCUGAUGGCAUGGGGGGUGCCUCUGGUCAUGGCCUCUUUGCCGCUGCUAAAGGGUUACUAUGGCCCCGCAGGAGCCUGGUGCUGGAUCACAGACGAUCACGUAGCCUGGAGAUUUGGGAUAUGGUAUGUGCCUCUGUUCAGCCUCAUCUUCCUGAUGAUCUGCUGCUACGCCAGGAUCAUCUGCGUUGCCAAUGAGAGGAUGCAGUCAUGGUUGGGAACCUUCAACCCAGAGAGAGAGAGACGAAAGGUUUCCUUGGCAGAGGAGAUCAAGCCGUUGAAGUGGUAUCCCUCUGUUUACCUGCUGGUGUCUAUCUUUCCCCUCAUCAACAGGAGUUCUUCCAAGACUCCAGGUUUCUGUGAUUGGGCUCCAGGGGGUCGCCACAAAAGCAGUGAUCGGUGUGCAACUGGAGACAGAGAGCCCCGUAGCCAUUCGUCUCCCGUUGAGCAGCAGCGGCGCUCUGCUAUUCAUCCCCAUUUAGCGAGACACAGAGCUGGCCUACAGGGCUGUGUGAAGUGCAAACAAACACAGGGCAGGCAUCCGCACCGAGGCUGGACACACACACACACACACACACACACCGAGGCUCUAGAUUUAAUAUCGCAGUGGACAUAUACAGUAUAUACACAAUAAUAUACAUGUUUUUAGAAUCAAUAUGCAGACAUAAAAUACUCAUAUUUAAACACACAUAGGGUACAGGUAUAAUGUACGUAUAUAAUAUAUAUAUAUAUAUAUAUACACACACACACACAGACCUAUAAGUCCCUAUAUACAUGCAAAGGAGAUACUAGAUAACCUCCCUCACGUGCACACAUUCACAGGCGCAUGCAAAUACAUACACACACGCACACACACACGCACACACACCCCACCCCCACCCCCGCUCUUUCAGGCACGUCUUUAAAUAUUCAUCACUCUGGCUGCUCUGAGAGUGCCGUAAACGCUGCCUCACACUCUAGGGAAUCGCUAAAGCCUACUCUAUCAUCUGCUCUCCCUCCCUCCUCUCUGUUUCUCUCUCUCACACACACACACACACACACACACACAGGCACACACUUCUAGCCACAGCCACUCACAAGGAUAAACUCACGUGCACCAACACUCGAAGGCACAGCCAGUGGCAUCGGUUGACACACAGACACACGCCGGUACAUGAAUCGGGCGCACGAAAAUACAUGCGUGGUGAUGUACAAUGAACAGAUUUUGUAUGUGUGUAUGUGUGUGUGUUUACUGGCUGCUCCCAGCACAGAGGUUUGAGUGGUGUUGUGUUCCAGGAAACAGGAUGUCUCUUUGUUGGGUUUUAUUCUGUUGGUGAACGUUAGCCGCUUCGGUCCCCAGGGUCUGUGUUUGCCUCUUUGUCUGUUAGGGUAUGUGUGUGGGCACUCGUGCAGGUGUGUGUUUUGUUUCUGCACAAUAUGCCUGCCCGUUUGUGUGUUUCAGCCUGAUUCCAGAAAUAUUUUCUGAAAUGUUCGCACAGAAGGUUGACAAGAAAUGUGCAUGUGUGUAUGUGUGCUGUGCAUCGGCUGGUGUGUGUGUAUAAUGGGAGUCAUACCCUUAGCUGUGACAAUUGUCCCCAUGUUGACUCUGCGAUCAAAAUAGAUCAUUCACAUAUCCAUAUCUAUAUCCAUAGUUUACAACUCAUUACUGCAGAUAGUUCACAAGCAUUAGAGCUUUAUGCACAUUUGAGUGGCUGAUCACAUGUUCUCACUGAACAAUGAAAGGCCUAUCCUCUGUCUUCACUGCCCUAAAGGCCGUCACACAUGCAUUAUAGACAAGCGAACAACCUUUCAACAAAGUUCUUUAAAAAAAAUGUUAUUUAUAACUUUGUUGCUUAAAAUUGUUGAGAGUAAAAACUGCAAAGAUCUAAUUGUGCUUUGAAGGAUUUGGAUUCAAUAAGUGGAUUGUACUUGGUUCAAAUUCGAUAAAAGGCUAUCAUGCCCCAAAGCAUCAUAAAGUAUAAUUAGACUAUAAUGAACUGUUUCCUCGUUGUUGUUUCCUAGUCAUUUUGGUGUUAGGAUUUAGUUUCUCUAAUUGGACCUUAAUUUAAUUUCAGGUGCAUUCAAAUCAUCUUAAUAAGCCUAAAAGCUUUGUGAAAACUUCAGGUAUGCUGUACAGUGAGUAUCACCACAGGUGGUCAUACUUUUUUUAAAUUCGAGUAUAUAAAUCCCCCCUCUAGUGCACCAUAGUUCAGUGAUUUUGUCCCAUCAAAAAUGUAUUCUCAAAAAUUAAUGUUAAUAUCACAUCUCAUUGGCUUCAAUAAAUCGCCUAUGUCUUGUCAUAGUUGGACGCAGCAAAACAUUAAGGGAGUUGAAAAAAGUUGUGACUCGCAUUCUGACCUUACACAGAGUUGAGGGAUUACACUUGUUUUGGCAGAAUUAUCCCUUUUAGUCAGAGAAAAGUUCACAUUUGCUGUCAGCAGCAGCACUAGGGCCUCGUUUUGGCACCGUGAAGCAUGUGAUUCGUCUGGAGGAAAAAAGAAAAAGAAGUCAGGCAGUCGGUCGGAGAGGGGAGGAAGUGCGAUCGGGGUCAGGAUGACUUCUCUGUCUGGUUGCCCUUCACUCUUUUUGAAGGAGUUCACGUCCAAGCUGUUACAGUACAGCUCUGAGGAUGUUCAGCACAACAAUUAUAGGCAGACAAAAAGGUGAACUCUGAUAGAGGGAGGAGGGAAAUUGAUGGCUGGAAAAGUGGUAUGGACUGGCAGGGUGGGAUAUUGGAAGAGAUAGUAGAGAGAAAGGAUUUUGCACAGAAUCUGGAGGCUGAGAGAGAGACGUGUUCAAAGAGACUGAGAGCAUGAUAGAUGGAAGGUCUGAAUAAGUGAGCAAGGCUCGGAGACGCUGUGCGAGUACUAAUGAUUGACUGCAUGCUUACAGGUGGUAGCAGACUUAGACUUAAAGCUACAUGUAUCAGCUUCUAUGUAUGUAUGAGCGUGUGUGUUUAUUGUUUAUUAUUCAAUUGUCCAUUAUUGUUGUCUGUACUGUGCAUGUUGUGUUAUUUAUCAAUGCAUGUAUUGCAUUUGUUCCUGAGUCAUACAGUAUACACAAUAUCAUCCCUGUUGUCCAACACCAGUCAGCCAACUGUGAGACUCAAUGACUACACCGCACACACAAACCCUGAUAAACACACACACACACACACACA